AUGAAUGUAUAUCCUCGACACCCUAGAGUGAAAGCUCCGGUUCCUCUCGCUCUGUCCGCAAGGAUGGCGGUCUCGCUUCUUUUGAGCGCUGGCUGUAUAGAGAGAUUGUUCCCGUAUGGCAUGGCAACAUGUCGGGAAGCUUUGUUGAUGAUCUCGACCCUGUUCGUUGCUGUCUUCGGACACAUGGAUGGGGUGGGUGUUGAUGGACGUCUGACAGGUUCUCUUUUUUCUUUUCAUUGCGGUCUAGGCUUGACUUGGACGUGA